AUGUUGUUUGGAUCAAAUGAUGGGAUGAUCCAAUACUUUGUUCCUAAUAAUCACAACAAUUACGACAAUCAAGCCGCUGGAUACCACUACAAUAAUUAUUACAUUCAUCAAAACUCUGGAGACAAUAAUUAUAUUCAUCAAAACCCCGGAGACAAUAUUCACAUUCAACAAAACCCUGAAGAGAAUAAUUUCAGCCAUCAAAACAACCAGAACUUUGUUGAAAAUAAUUACAUUGAUCAAAACUCUGGAGACGGCUUCGCUGGAGUGGUUGGCGGUGCUGGCAGUAAUAUCACUACAAGCAUUAAUUAUCUGAACAAUUGUUUUGACAAUAGUUUUAUUGGUCAAAAUGUUCAUCAAAACAAUGAUCAACUGCCACUACUUAUUUACAUAGUAUUUCAACUUCGAAAUAUUCAACAUUUUCUAUAUAACAAUAACAAUAACAGAUAUUAA